UCAACAAAUCCUUCAGAGUGCUGCUGUCAGCCUGUGAUGAAGGAUCAUCAUAGGUAAGACGAAUCUGACAGGAUGGGGUCAUUUCUCGACAAACUGAAGACUGAAAAACACAAUGAACAUGGCUGUGGGAAUGGGCUGCAUUACGGUGUGGCAAGCAUGCAAGGUUGGCGUGUCAAAAUGGAGGAUGCAGACUGUGCCGUCACAGGUUUGGGUGAAGAACUGGAAGAUUGGUCAUUCUUUGCCAUAUUUGAUGGACACACAGGAGAGAGAGUGUCAGCACAUUGUGCAGAUCACCUACUUGAGUGUAUAGUGGGUGCAGAAGAGUUCAGAAGUGAUGAAGUAAUAGAAGCAAUACGUGCUGGUUUCCUUCGUCUGGAUGCCCGCAUGAGAGCCCUUCCUGAGUUAGCUAGUGGUGAAGACAAAUCUGCAACAUCUGUUGGUGCACUUAUAUCCCCUCACACGGUGUACGUAGUGAACUGCCGUGAUUCGAGAGCUGUACUGUGCCGGAGCGGUCGCCUGACAUUCUCUACCAGAGACCACAAACCAGUUCUGCCUGCAGAAAAAGAAUGUAUUUUGCAUGCAGGUGGAAGCGUAAUGAUCCAACAUGUCAAUAGCUCACUGCCUGUUUCACGUGCUUUGGGUGACUAUGAGUACAAAAAUGUGGAGGGCAGAGGCCCUUGUGAGCAGUUAGUCUCUCCAGAACCAGAAGUAUCAGCUGUGGUUAGAAAUGAAGAAAAGGAUGAGUUCUUGGUAUUGGCUUGUGAUGGUGUUUGGGAUGUAAUGUCUAAUGAAGAUCUCUGAGCCUUUGUGCACUCUCGUCUUGCUCUCACAGAUGACCUCAAGAGUGUGGCCAACCAAGUGGUUGACACUUGCCUGUACAAGGGAAGUCGAGACAACAUGAGCAUUGUGUUAGUCACCUUCCCAGGUGUGCCACAGCCUUCAGCUGAAGCAAUGCAGCGUGAACGAGAACUUGAAGAAUUAAUAGAAAGGAGAAUGACAGAUAUUAUAAACCAAGGCACACAGUGGAAUUUCUCUAUGUUCUUCAGGCCCUUGCAAACGAGAACAUACCAGGACUUCCUCCAGGAGGUGGCCUUAGUGCAAAGAGGAACUUUAUUGAAAGUGUCUACAAGAAACUGUGUCCUAACAAUGCUGACAGU